AUGUCGUGGUUUAGAGCAGCGGUGAUCAGGGCGGUGGAAGCGGGUGCCGGAGGGAAGGAUAAUAUCACCCGCACUGUCCGUAACUAUGCCGACACCGUCGUUCACCAUGCAGGAAAUGCUGUUGUGGAGGGCGCCAAGAUCAUCCAAGACCGCAUUGGACCAAGGAAUAUGCAGGGAUUUAAACAGACUGUAAAAAGGCUGGAAGAAAUUUCUGUUUCGUCUAGAGGCGUAGAAAGAGUUCAGUUAUUGAGAAGGUGGCUAGUUGCGCUCAAAGAGGUGGAUAGAUUUUCGUCAGGUUCAAGCGAGGGUGAUAAAAACAGUCCGACAGAUCAGCCUAACGACGAAACUAGAGAUUCUCCGAAAAAUCCUACACUGGUCUAUUAUGUGGACCCAGAUAUGGGAGGCGAGCUGAAAACGUUUCGUGAUGUAUUUCUUACAAGCCAAGCUCUAGAAGGCAUUACGUUGUCUAUGAUUCUUGAAGAAGCUACCGAUGAAGAAGAAUCACUACUUCUAGAGAUAUAUGGGCUAUGUCUUUUAGGAGGAAAGGAAGUACAUCAAGAAAUAAUGAUGAAUGUACACAAUUUGGCAAAUGCAUUUUCAGAAUACCAAGAUGAAGCACUGGUAAAACGAGAAGAACUACUCCAACAUGUCCAAGAUGCAAUUGCAGGGCUGAAAAUAAAUGCUGAUUUUGAUAGAAUAGAUGCUAAAGCAUGUAGUUUGAAAAAAACACUUGAUGAAAAGAAAGGAGAGAUGCCACCUUCAAGUGGAGAUCGAGAUAACACAUCUGAUGAUAAAACCACAUCUUCCAAGGUUCUGCAAGAAAUACUUUCACAAGUUCAAUUAUACUCCAAGUUGGAGGAGCUCUUACUAAAGAAGAAGCUGUUCAACGAAGUGGAUUCCCCACAGCUUCAUGCUGAGAAGGUUGACAAACUGAGAAUUUUGUCAGAAUCUUUGGCCAAUUCUACCUUGAAAGCUGAAAAGCGUAUUGUUGACCAAAGAGAGCAGAGGGAGGAUGCACUCAACUUUCGGUUAGCUAAGUCCGAGGAAAUGGUCCAAGCUGAGAAGGAAUUGACAUAUGAUAUUAGAGAACUUGAGAACCAAAAGGAUCAUCUGGAAGCAGAACUGGAAAAGGUCAACACAUUGCUGUCUUCUGCUCGUAUGCGCCUUCAUAAUGCAAGAGAAGAAAGAGAGCAUUUUGAUGAAGCGAGUAGCCAGAUGCUUGUGCACUUGAAGACAAAGGAAGAUGAGCUGUUCAAAUCUGUUGCUUCAUAUAAAGUAGAAGCCACUGCUGUAAAUGCAUGUAAAAACUUUUUAGAGAAUACAUGGGACCUACGAAUAUCCCAAAGACAAAAAACGGAGGAGCUUGUUGAUGGUGAGCUGGAAAAAUAUGGAGAUUAUUUUGUGAAGUUGGUCAUCAGCCUUCUCUCUUCUUACAAGGAAAAACUGGAGCCCUCACUUUCUUCAAUCAGGAAACUUGAGGAAAACUUGAGCUCGAUGAAAGAGUCAGAUGUCUCGCCCAAUACAGAUGAUGGAAGCUUACAUGUCGAUCAAGAACGGAGAAAACUCGAAGAGGAAUAUUUGGAUAUCGAAUCCAAGUUUGUUUCCACCUUAAGCACUGUGGACACAGUACGAAUGCAAUUCUAUGAAACAAAAGGAGUUGUCAGGAAUUUUGACGAGAAGGUACAAGAGUUAUUUGAUGCGCUUGAAAAGAUAAAACAAGAAUUUGAAUCCAUCAAGAGACCAAAACUGUUGAUUGAAACCACAAGGCAAAGGUCAGAGUUAGCGGUCAAUGAAAAGUCACAUAUAGAUUCAAGUUCAUCUGAACAGACAGCCGAAGUUCGAAGACUAAAAUUUGAAGAUAUUAAUGACUCCUUAGCAAAGGGAACAAAGAAUUUUAACAUGAAAGCAGAAAUGGCGAAACCAGAUUCGACUGAGGAGGUCGAUACAGUUGACUCGAACGAGGAGAUAAAUGACUGGGAAUUUGAUGAACUUGGAAGGGACUAUGAUGCAGCAGCUUCCAACGACCAAAGAAGAUGAAACUUCCAUCCAUCCAUCCAUCAAUCCAUCCAUCCAUCCAUCCAUCCAUCCAUCCAUCCGGUAUGUUGUUGUGUUUAAUCAUAUCUUUAUAAUUCAAUUCCUUAUAGUAACACCUACCCAUGAUAGAAAAAUGGUAUUAUUUACAUGGAAGAUUCAUGAAGCAAUAAUACAAUGAUUAAAUAUAUAGUUGUCUUAUGCUUGUUUGGGGUGGUGGGUAGUAGCCCCAUCGAGAAUGUCCUGUGUGUACUGUUGUACAUUGUGUAGUGUGGCUUUCUGCUGAAAUGGAACAAUG